AUGGCCCAGUCCCCUCCUCUGCAGAGCCUCCUCGGCCACGACCCCUGGAUCUUCCCCCAGGGUUGGGGCUGGGCCGGCCACUCGGACUCCACGUCCCCGGCCUCCUCCUCGGACUCGUCGGGCUCGUGCCCCUGCGACCGUGCCCGCGGCCCCGCGCAGCCGGCGCCCCCGGCCCGCAGCGCCACAGAGGCCGCCUCGACGGCACCCGGAGGUGCGCGGAGCCGGCCGGCAGGCGAGCAGCGGCAGAGCGCCAGCGAGCGCGAGAAGCUGCGCAUGCGCACGCUCGCCCGCGCCCUGCACGAGCUGCGCCGCUUUCUGCCGCCGUCCGUGGCGCCCGCCGGCCAGAACCUGACCAAGAUCGAGACGCUGCGCCUGGCCAUCCGCUACAUCGGCCACCUGUCGGCCGUGCUGGGCCUCAGCGAGGAGAGCCUGCAGCGUCGGCGCCGGCGACACGGCGACGCGGCGCUCCCUCGGGGCUGCCCGCUGUGCCCCGACGGCGGCCCCGCGCAGGUGCAGACGCAGGCGUGCGGUCCUGGCUCAGCCGCUGGCGCCGCGGUGUCCUGGGGGUCCCCGCCCGCCUGCCCCGGAGCCCUAGCGGCGCCCGAGCGCCUGGGGAGCAGGGUCCCCGACGUGGGUCCCUGGGUGACACCCCCUUACUGUCACGGUGUGCAGUCGCCCCUGCAGCUGUCCCAAGGGAGAGCGCCUGACGCGGCCCUUUGGACGCCGCCCCAAGCCUGUUCCGGCGUGCAGACACCCCCAGAGCCCCGGAACCAGGCCACGCCCUGGACGUCGCCCCCCGCGUCUCUGGAGCUGGCCGCAGUGUACCAGAGUACCUCUGUGUCUCCGGAGUCCUGUCUGUUGCCAGAAACCCCUCCCGUUCUGCCCGGCCCAGCAUGCCAGAGACUCCAGCCUCAGACCCAGUGGGGCUGCUGGAUCCACAGUGCAGAGGUGCUGCCCAGCUCAGAGGACCAGGGACCAGGCCUCUCCUUCCAGCUCAGUGCUGAAAGUGCUCCCCAGAGCUCAGGCCUACAGCUUAGUGGCUGCCCUGAAUUUUGGCAAGAAGAUUUGGAGGGGACUCACCUGGGCAUCUUCUACUAAUGGCCUUGCCUG